UUGCACAGUCGCAGUCAGUCUCCGUCGGCAGCUUGUUUUCGAGUUAAUUCCAAAAUGAAUAUUUUCUUUGCUUAAAUUUUAGCUGAAGUUAUUCAAUGUUUAAUUUGUUACUAUAAAUAAGGGUUAUUUAAAAGGUACAAAAAUGAAUAUGGACGUAGCAGAAUGUGUAAAGGAAUGGGAAGAUUUGAUUGCCGAUUACAAGCGACUAGAGACUAUUAAUAAAGAUUAUGCUGCUAAAUUAGAAGAGGUUGGUGAACUUCAAGCAUCAUGUAUGAAGGAGUUAAACCAUCAGAGAUAUCGCAUGUCCAUAAUUUCAAGUGCACUCAAAAGGUUGGAAAAGAAGGGAUCCACAAAAGAUGAGCGAGUGGCAACAUUGGAAAAAGAGAUCAUGAAAAGGAAAGCUAUGCUGCAUGAAAUUGAAGCAACUCUACCCAAACAAAACAGUCUAUAUCUGAAAAUCAUACUUGGCAAUGUUAAUGUAUCCAUUUUGAAUAAAAAUGACAAAUUCAAAUACAAAGAUGAGUAUGAGAAGUUCAAGCUCAUACUCAGUGCUAUUGCUUUUGUUUUAGCUGUUGCUAACUUAUAUAUAGACUUCAGGCCCUUGCAAUUAAUACUGAUAUUUCUCUUGGUAUGGUACUACUGUACUUUGACGAUUCGCGAGAGCAUUCUCAAAGUGAAUGGAUCUCGGAUCAAGGGUUGGUGGAGACUGCACCACUUUGUAUCAACUGUUGUCGCCGGUAUUCUACUCAUUUGGCCGCAGAACGAGUCUUGGGAGGAAUUCAAACAUACAUUCAUGUGGUUUAUCGCUUAUAUCAGUGUAGUACAAUACAUGCAGUUCAGAUAUCAAAGUGGAGUAUUGUACAGGCUAAAAGCCCUGGGCGCGAGGCACAAUAUGGACAUUACUAUCGAAGGAUUCCACUCUUGGAUGUGGAGGGGACUCUCAUAUCUCCUACCGUUUCUGUUCGGAGGAUAUAUUUUCCAACUAUACAUCGCUUAUACGUUAUACCACUUGAGUUUUAACCCGGAUGCAACAUGGCAGGUGUCUUACUUAGCCGUUUUGUUCCUUACGUUGCACUGCUGUAAUACGUAUACAAUUCUGCAAACGAUGUACAAGAAAAAUCGGGGUGCUUUGAAGUUGCGCUACAAAUUGCGAGCUAUCGCGUACCGGCUGUCUAAUGAAAUUGCGGUUUUGGUACGUGAUGAAAAAAUCUAUUUCAUUAAAGCAAUGCUAGGGGUUCCAAUAAUUCAUCAAGUUAUCAUAAAACAGAAUACUGUGUAAUGUCCGAGGGUUUUAAAAUGCAUUCUAAAUAUUAGGUAUAUCAUAUAGAAAAAUUCUCAGUUGAAACGCCGGAGAUCUAAUCGUAUUUUGUAGUGAUGUCAUUGGCUUUAUGGGAAAAAUUAUAUGAGGUGGGCAAUGUGGAUAUAAAAUGUUUAUUGGUAUUACAGCUUUAAUAUGACGGUAUCGCCUUGGAGAAAUGUUUGUUUGGGCUCUUUCUGAUAGGUACAUACUAUAUACAGUAAAGUCUUAUUGAGGUUUUACCUUAGGUUUUACGAAAUUAAGGCGAUUUCGUCGUUUCAGUCUGUAUUUUCUACUUUUCACUACAUAAGUUUGUCUUCUUUUAAUUCAAUUUCUAUCGUCUAAAUAUAAAAUAUAUGAUAAUUAUUGUAUGCUUCGAAAAUGAUUUAAAAAUUUUGUGACAACAAUAAGAAGCACAUCGGUACGUUUAAAAAGUAGGUGCUUUGUUUUGUCCGUUUUUGAUUUGGUUUUUUUUUGCUUUAUUUAUGUUUGCAUUUUUAAUAAACAUAAAAUAUGUAUAUAUGUAGCUUUAAGGCUUACGUAUAUUUUGAGAUGUGUGUGUGUCACAACGUAGUAAUACCUGUUUAUAUAGUUGAACCACAUUUUUCCUCUUUCAGUUUUACUGAUUUUUUAAAUUUAUAUUAAAUAAUUGCAGGAUCAGAAAUGGAGGCAAAAUAAGCUGGAAACAAAGCAGGAAUAAAGUUACAAUUACUAUGGUUAUCUCGGCGAUAAUAUAUCGAUUUUAUUCUUAUU